GAUCCCCAGUCUCUUGUGGAUUGAGAAUCCUGCAGCAACCCACCACCCAAGAGCAAGAGCCAAAGAUGUUUGUCUUGCUGUAUGUUACAAGUUUUGCCAUUUGUGCAAGUGGACAGCCGCGGGGUAAUCAGUUGAAAGGAGAGAACUACUCCCCAAGGUAUAUCUGUAGCAUUCCUGGCUUACCUGGACCCCCAGGACCCCCCGGGGCAAAUGGUUCCCCUGGGCCCCACGGUCGCAUCGGCCUUCCGGGAAGAGAUGGUAGAGACGGCAGGAAAGGAGAGAAAGGUGAAAAGGGAGCUGCAGGUUUGAGAGGUAAGACUGGACCAGUGGGUCUUGCUGGCGAGAAAGGGGACCAAGGAGAGACUGGGAAGAAAGGACCUAUGGGACCAGAGGGAGAAAAAGGAGAAGUGGGUCCAGUUGGGCCUCCUGGACCAAAGGGAGACAGAGGAAAGCAAGGGGACCCAGGGCUGCCUGGAGUUUGCAGAUGCGGAAGCAUCGUGCUCAAAUCCGCCUUUUCUGUUGGCAUCACAACCAGCUACCCACAAGAAAGACUACCUAUCAUAUUUAACAAGGUCCUCUUCAAUGAGGGAGAGCAUUACAACCCUGCAACAGGGAAGUUUAUCUGUGCUUUCCCAGGGAUCUAUUACUUUUCUUAUGAUAUCACAUUGGCUAAUAAGCAUCUGGCAAUUGGACUGGUACACAAUGGGCAAUACCGGAUAAAGACCUUUGACGCCAACACAGGGAACCAUGAUGUGGCUUCGGGGUCCACAGUCAUCUAUCUGCAGCCAGAAGAUGAAGUCUGGCUGGAGAUCUUCUUCACUGACCAGAAUGGCCUCUUCUCAGACCCGGGAUGGGCAGACAGCUUAUUCUCUGGAUUUCUUCUAUAUGUCGACACAGACUACCUAGAUUCCAUAUCAGAAGACGAUGAACUGUGAUCAGGACUGCUGAUCUGAAGGUUCUGAGAUCCCCAUGGCAGGCAGUUGGAUCUAAUCUGGGGCUCUAGAAGGUGGAACAAAAAGGAAUAGGAUCCAAAGAGAUUCCCACUCAGAUUCCAGAGCAUUUACAGACAGUUCUAGCAGAAUCUAUCAAAACAAGAUGAACCACCAAACAGUUGAAACCACACCAAAAUGAAUUAUAUAAAACAAUAUCCCCAGAUAUGAAUUCUCUUGAAAGCAAUGUUUAUAAAUAUUUAAACAAAUUAAAGACAAUGUUAACAAAUUUUAUAUUAAAUGCCCUGAGUGAUUAAACCAACUGGCAAUGAUAUUGCCUCAUUAAAUCUUCAAAAAAU